AUGGGCCUGGAAGUGUCAUCCCUGACUUUCAUCCGUAAACUUUCUGUCCACCUGGAACUCAGUCACAUGCUGCCAGCUAAUAGAAUGGAGGCCAGGAAUGGAGUCCAGCUGUGUGCCUAGGAAGACGAGAUGGCUUUGGUGAGCAUCCUGCCAGUCUCUGCUACUGUUAACUAUGGCUUCCCUCACUGCUGGCCAAGUGUCAGAGAAGGUGUGCACGCAUCUCCCCGCCAAUACCCAACCAUGGGCAACUCCUGCUUUGGCCUCAAGGAACGGCUGAUGAAGCGGCUGCGGCCUCUGCCUACCGUGAUCGUCAUCCGUACCUGCCUGCCCCAGAGGAGGAGCAGAGAUUUCCGCGUGGUGGUGCUCGGCUCGGCCGGCGUGGGCAAGAGCGCGCUGGUGCAGAGGUGGGUGCGCGGCAACUUCCGUGAGGCGUACCUGCCGACCAUCGAAGAUACCUACCGCCAGGCGCUGGGCUGCAGCCACAAGGCGGGCGCGCUGCACAUCACCGACACCACCGGCGGCCGCCGCUACCGGGGUCUGCAGCGCCUCGCCAUUGCCAGGGGUCAUGCCUUCAUCCUGGUCUACUCCGUCACCAAGAAGCAAACCCUGGAGGAGCUGAAGCCCCUCUAUGAGCUGAUCCGUCAACUCAAAGGCAACAACCCGCAGAAGUGCCCCGUCAUCCUGGUGGGCAACAAGUGUGAUGAGAGCCAGCGGGAGGUAAGCGAGAAGGAAGGGGCUGCCUACGCGUCGGAGUGGAAUUGCGCCUUCUUGGAGACCUCCGCCAAGAUGAAUAUCAAUGUGCAGGAGCUGUUCCAGAUGCUGAUAAACUUCGAGAAGAAGCCCGCCGCCGCUGCCACCGCCGCCCAGCCUCCCCAGAAGAAAUCCCAGAUCCCCAAGACCGCCGAGAAGCUGCUGGGCAAGUGCAUCAUCAUGUGA